CGUGUGUGCGCGUGUGCGUGUGUGCGUGCGUGCGUGCGUGCGCGUGUGUGUACCUGAGCAUUGUGGCAGAGGCUUUGAGCUGGUUUUGCAGAUGGGGUAUAGACGGAGGGUUCUAGUGGGUCAACGGUGCAGAGGAAGGAAGAGUGGAGUCAGGCAUUUCCAGUGAUGCCGCCGCCGAGAGUGCUGACGAAGCCUCGGCCUCAUGUGCGCACCACACACUCCACUCCUGUCACUUCAUUACAGCCCCUCCGAGACCUGAAUGGCCGUGCCAAAAGAUGAACGUCCUCAAAGACAACAAAGACCUGGCCUGCUUCUACACCACCAAGCACUCCUGGAGGGGGAAGUAUAAGAGAGUCUUCUCCGUCGGCACUCAUGGCAUCACCACGUACAACCCCACCACGUUAGAAGUCACAAAUCAGUGGCCGUAUGGAGACAUCUGUGGCAUCGGCCCGGUGGGUAAGGGGCAGGGCACCGAGUUCAACCUCACCUUUCGCAAGGGCAGCGGCAAGAAGUCAGAGACGCUCAAGUUCUCCACAGAGCACCGCACAGAGCUGCUCACUGAGGCACUGCGCUUCAGGACAGACUUCUCUGAGGGCAAAAUCACAGGCAGGCGCUACAACUGUUACAAGCAGCACUGGAGCGACACGCGUAAGCAGGUGAGCCUGGAGGUGACGCCGGGGGGCAUCGACCAGAUCGAUCCCCACACCAACCGAGUCAUCUGCUCCUACGACUACCGCUCCGUCGAGGGCUUCGCGGAGGUCAACGACUACCAGGGAGGCUUCUGCAUCCUCUAUGGAGGCUUCAGCAGACUGCACCUGUUUGCGUCGGAGCACCGUGAUGAGAUCAUCCGCAGUGCCAUCGAGCAUGCAGGCAACUACAUCGGCAUCAUGCUGCGGCUGCGCAAGGAGCCACUGACGUUUGAGGGCUUCAUGGGGGAGCGGCUUGGCAAAUACGGCUCCGACGAGUGCAUCACCUCGCUGGCCGAGUUCGUGGUGCAGAAGAUCUCGCCCCGACACCCGGAGCCCAUAAGGAGGAUCUUGGCCCUCACGGAGACAUGCCUUGUGGAGCGAGACCCUGCCUCUUACAACAUCGCCACCAUCAAGCCCUUCGGAGAGGUAUUUGCGCUGAUCCUGGAUGAGGACAACCCUCAGGUGUUCACUGUGGAGUUCAUCAGAGGACAGAUCCGCAAAUACUGCUCCACAGAAAGAGACUCUCUGAUGGCGAGUCUGCUUGACGGCGUGCGAGCGUCGGGGAACCGUGACGUAUGUGUGAAGAUGGCUCCUACGCGGCGGGGCCAGCGCUGGGGCCUACUGAGCAUGCCCGUGGACGAGGAGGUGGAGAGCCUGCAUCUCAAGUUCCUCGCCGCACCACCAAAUGGGAACUUUGCAGACGCCGUGUUCCGUUUCAACGCCAACAUCUCCUACAGUGGGGUGCUGCACGCUGUGACUCAGGAUGGCCUGUUCUCUGAGAACAAGGAGAAGUUGAUCAACAACGCCAUCCUGGCUCUGCUGGGUCAGGAGGCUGAGAUGACGGGCCCCAAUGCGGAGCUGGAGAGCCAGUUCCAGGCCUUGCGACGCCUCGUGGCCUCCAAGGCCGGCUUCCAGGCCUUCACACAGCUGCCCCGGUCUGGUCAAGUUGCUGGGCCGGAGCUUCGAACCUUCCGGGAAAGGCUUGGCGUGAAAACGGUGAAGGCCCUGAAGAGGAACAACAACGGUGUGACCCAUGCUGCCAUUGACAUGCUCUGCGCACUUAUGUGUCCCAUGCACGAUGACUAUGACCUCAGGCAAGAGCAACUGAACAAAGCCUCCCUGCUCUCCUCCAAGAAGUUUCUGGAAAACCUGCUGGAGAAGUUCAUCAGCAACGUGGAUCACGGUACAGGUGCUCUGGUGAUCAGCUCUCUGCUGGACUUCCUGACGUUUGCGCUGUGCGCUCCGUAUAGCGAGACCACGGAGGGACAGCAGUUUGACAUGCUGCUGGAGAUGGUGGCCUCCAAUGGACGCACACUCUUCAAACUCUUCCAGCAUCCUUCCAUGGCUAUUGUGAAGGGCGCCGGCCUGGUCAUGAAAGCCAUCAUUGAGGAGGGAGAUAAGGAGAUAGCCACUAAGAUGCAGGACCUAGCCCUGAGUGAGGGAGCUCUGCCUCGCCACCUGCACACUGCCAUGUUUACUAUCAGCGCCGACCAGAGGAUGCUCACCAACAGGCAGUUGAGUCGUCACCUGGUUGGUCUGUGGACAGCGGAGAACCCAACGGCCAUGAACCUCCUCAAGCGUAUUCUGCCCACAGGUUUGCUGGCGUACUUGGACAGCACAGACCCGGUGCCAGAGAAGGAUGUGGAUCGAAUGCACAUACGAGAUAAUGUCAAAAUUGCAACGGAUCAGUAUGGGCGUAACAAGGUGCCGGAGUGGCAGAGGGUGGCGGGCAAGGCUGCUAAGGAGGUGGAGAAGUUUGCCAAGGAGAAGGCCGACCUGGUGCUCAUGCACUGGAGGGAUAAGAUGGGCAUCGCUCAGAAAGAGCAGGACAGGAAUAACCUGAACCCCAACCAAAAACCGGUCAUCCUCCGUAAGAGAAGGCAGAGGAUCAAGAUCGAAUCCAACUGGGAGCUUUUUUACUACAGGUUCCAGCUUGACCAUGCGCGCUCCAACCUGAUCUGGAACCUGAAGACGAGGGAGGAGCUGCGGGACGCUCUGGAGGGCGAGAUGAGGGCCUUCAGCGUCGACCGCGAGCUCGGCAGUGCUAACGUUAUCUCAUGGAACCACCAGGAGUUCGAGGUGAAGUACGAGUGCCUUUCAGAUGAGAUAAAGAUUGGCGACUAUUACCUGCGGCUGCUCCUGGAGGAGGAUGAGAGCGAGGAGUCCGGAGCCAUCAAGAGAUCGUACGAGUUCUUCAAUGAGCUCUACCAUCGUUUUCUGCUCACCCCCAAAGUCACCAUGAAGUGCCUGUGUCUCCAGGCCCUCACCAUAGUCUACGGCAAAUGCUGUGAGGAGAUCGGACCCUUCACUGACACCAAAUAUAUUGUAGGCAUGUUGGACCGAUGUACUGACAAACUGGAAAGAGACAGGCUCAUCCUGUUCCUCAACAAACUUAUUCUGAACAAGAAAAAUGUGAAGGAGGUGAUGGACUCCAAUGGAGUGCGGAUCCUGGUGGACCUGCUGACACUUGCACAUCUACACACCAGCAGAGCCACCGUGCCCCUACAGAGUAAUGUAAUAGAAGCUGGAGCAGACAUGAAGAGAGAGAGUGAGAAGGAAUGGUACUUUGGGAACGCUGACAAAGAAAGAAGAGGACCUUUCAGCUUUGAAGAGAUGCAAGAGUUCUGGAGCGACGGCACGUUGACGGCGAAGACGCGCUGCUGGGCGCAGGGCAUGGACGGCUGGCGCCCCCUGCAGGCCAUCCCACAGCUGAAGUGGUGCCUGCUGGCCAGCGGACAGGCAGUCAUGAACGAGACCGACCUGGCCACACUCAUUCUCAACAUGCUCAUCACCAUGUGCUCAUACUUCCCCAGCAGGGACCAGGACAACGCCAUCAUCAGGCCUCUGCCCAGAGUGAAGCGGCUGAUCACUGACAACACCUGCAUGCCUCACAUAGUGCAGUUGCUGUUGACCUUUGACCCCAUCCUGGUGGAGAAGGUGGCCAACCUGCUGUACCUGGUGAUGCAGGACAACCCCAACCUGCAGAGGCUCUACCUCACCGGCGUCUUCUUCUUCAUCAUGAUGUACACCGGCUCCAACGUGCUGCCUGUGGCCAGGUUCCUGAAGUACACCCACCUAAAGCAGGCCUUCAAAUCUGAAGAGGCUAAGGGCCAGGACCUGGUGCAGCGCAGUGUGCUGGGGCCUGUGUUGCCCGAGGCCAUGGUGUGUUACCUGGAGAACUAUGAGGCCGAGCGCUUCUCCGAGAUUUUCCUGGGGGAGUUUGACACCCCCGAGGCCAUCUGGAGCAGCGAGAUGAGGCGUAUGAUGAUCGAGAAGAUUGCGGCGCACCUGGCGGACUUCAGCCCUCGUCUGCAGAGCAACACGCGGGCGCUCUACCAGUACUGCCCCAUCCCUGUGGUCAGCUACCCACAGCUGGACUACGAGCUCUUCUGCAACAUCUACUACCUCCGACACCUCUGCGACGCCACACGCUUCCCAGACUGGCCCAUCAGAGACCCCGUGAAGCUGCUGAAGGAUACUCUGGAGGCCUGGAAGAAGGAGGUGGAGAAGAAGCCUCCCAGCAUGUCUGUAGACGACGCCUACGAAGUACUCAACCUGCCCAUCGGACAGGGCCAGCACGAGGAGAGUAAGGUCAGGAAGGCCUACUUCCGCCUCGCCCAGAAAUACCAUCCUGACAAGAACCCUGAGGGCAGGGAAAUGUUUGAGAAGGUCAAUAAGGCCUAUGAGUUCCUGUGCUCCAAGUCGGCGCGCAUCGUGGACGGCCCCGACCCGGAGAACAUCAUCCUCAUCCUCAAAGCCCAGAGCAUCCUGUUCAACAGGCAUCGCCAAGAGCUGGAGCCGUAUAAGUAUGCAGGCUACCCCAUGUUGAUCAAGACCAUCACCAUGGAGACGGGAGAUGAGCAGCUCUUCUCCAAGACCUCGCCCCUGUUGCCCGCAGGAGCAGAGCUGGCAUUCCACACCGUCAACUGCUCUGCCCUCAAUGCAGAGGAACUGCGCAGGGAGAACGGCAUUGAGGUUCUGUUAGAGGCACUCUCCCGCUGUGUUGGCGUGCUGACCGCCUCCAGCAAGCCCGAUGACAUGGCUGUGCAGGUGUGCGGGCACAUCGCCAAGUGCUACAGCGUGGCGGCUCAGUUUGAGGAGUGCCGGGAGAAGAUCAUUGAGCUGCCCAACAUCAUCAGAGAUGUCUGUCACGUGCUCUUCUAUGGCAAGGGCUUGCCGCGGCUGGCAUCUCUGGCGGUGCAGUGCGUGAGCUCGUUUGCGGUGGACUUCUUCCUGCAGACACACCUGUACCACGCUGGCGUGCUGUGGCACCUGCUGCCCCCGCUCUUCAACUACGACUACACGCUGGAGGAGAGCGGCGUGCAGGCCAACCAGGACACCAACCAGCAGGAGGUGGCCAACAGCCUAGCCAAGCUGUGUGUGGUGGCCCUGGCUCGGCUGGGGGGCUACGGCAGCAUGGCCGGUGCUGGGGCAGGGGAUCACGUCGAGGGGGGAGACGGGGCUGCUAAUGGAGGCCAGGCCAACGGGCUGGAUGGCCUUGCCGGCACACCACCAGAGAACCCCACGAUCAGGAAGAGCCUGGCGGCCAUGUUGACGCCCUAUAUAUCGCGGAGGCUAGCCAGCGGAACACCUGCUGAGGUUUUGAAGCUGCUUAACAGUAAUUCAGAGAACCCCUACCUGAUCUGGGACAACGCAACGCGUGUGGAACUCCUAGAAUUCCUGCAGACUCAGCAAGAGAGCAACAUCAAGAGGGGAGAGUGUGACAAGAGCUUCGGUGCCGAGUUUGUCUUCUCGCUCCAUGCCAAAGAGCUGAUCGUCGGCGAGAUCUUCGUCCGAGUUUACAACGAGCAGCCAGCCUUCCCUCUGGAGUACCCUAAGGCGUUUGCAGCCAGCCUGCUGGACUACGUGGGCUCCCAGGCCCAGUACUUGCACACGCUCAUGGUCAUGACGCAGGCCAGCAAGGUGGAGUCUCAGCAGCACGCCCAGAGGCUGCGCUUCGCAGAGAUGGCUCUGGAGGCUCUCAGGAACGUCAUCAAGAACAACCCAGGCUCGGAGACAGAGUGCAUCGGGCACUUCAAGCUGCUCUUCUCCCUACUGAGGGUACACGGGGCCGGCAAAGUGCAGCAGCUGGCCCUCGAGGUGAUCAACACCGUAACGUCCAAUCAGGACUGCGUCAGCAACAUCGCAGAGUCCUCGGUGCUGUCCAAUCUGCUGCUGCUGCUCCACUCUUUACCCUCCAGCCGACAGCUUGUCCUGGAAACCCUGUACGCUCUCACCUCCAACACUAAGAUUGUCAAAGAGGCCAUGGGCAAGGGUGCGCUCAUCUACCUGUUGGACCUCUUCUGUAACUCCACCCACCCUCAGGUGCGGUCUCAGACGGCGGAGCUCUUCUCCAAGAUGACCUCAGACAAGCUGGUGGGACCAAAGGUGCGGCUGACUCUGAUGCGUUUCCUGCCGGGUGUGUUCAUGGACGCGAUGCGGGACAACGCGGAGGCGGCGGUGCACAUCUUUGAGGGCACGCACGAGAACCCCGAGCUCAUCUGGAACGACAGCUCACGAGAGACCGUCUCCACCACCGUCAGAGAGAUGAUGCUCGAACACUUUAGGCAACAGAAAGAUAAUCCAGAUGUCACCUGGAGGGUGACGGAGGAGUUCACGGUGCCGUACGCAGCAGGCUCGGGUGAACUUGAGGUGGGAGGGGUGUACCUGAGGAUCUUCAUCGCUCAGCCGGGAUGGGUGCUCCGCAAGCCCCGAGAAUUCCUGGUGUCCCUCAUGGAGACACUGACCACCCUGCUGGAGAAGAACAACCCCAACGGCGAGGCCUUGGAGACGGUAACCACGGCUACGGUGUGUUUGUUUGGCACGCAGUCCCAGCUGGCCGACCAGGUCCCUCCUCUGGGCCACCUGCCACGCAUCCUGGCGGCACUCAACCACAAGAACAACGCUGUGCCCAAGAGCUCCAUACGGGUCAUACACGCGCUCUCAGACAACGAGUUGUGUGUGCGCUCCAUGGCAGCUCUGGAGACGAUUGGUCCGCUGAUGUGCGGUAUGAAGAUGAGGGCUGACAUGGCCGGCCUGGCCUGCGAGGCACUCAACCGCAUGUUCCAGAAGGAGCAGACAGAUCUGGUGGCUCAGGCCCUGCGGGUGGAGCUGGUGCCCUACCUGCUGCGUCUGCUGGAGGGGAUUGGGCUGGAGACCCUGGACAACCCCUCAGCCAUCAAGGCCCAGAUCGUCAAAGCCCUCAAGUCCAUGACCCGGAGCCUCCAGUAUGGAGACCAGGUUAAUGAUAUCCUUUCUCGUUCCAAUGUGUGGAGUGCCUUUAAAGACCAGAAACACGACCUCUUCAUCUCAGAGUCACAGGCUGCUGGAUACUUGACAGGUCCAGGAGUAGCGGGCUAUCUGACCGCUGGCACUGGCGCCACUGUGAUGCCCAUCGUCCCUCCCCCGGUGGACAACGACAUCGGGGACCAGGGCUGAGCUCCUGACCCACUCCCCCCCCCUGCUCCCACCCAAACUUUAACCCAUGAGACAAAUGGACGCACGGAUGGACGCCAUGUUGUGUCCCCUUGUCAUGCAGUCUGUGAUCGAACUCUCCCUUCCAAGCCACCCAUCAUCUCGCCUCACCUUCGAAGUGACACUCUCAGAGGAUGAGUGUUGUCCUCAAAUGUUGAGCUAAGAAGGAGAAGGAGAAGGACAGGACAGGGGAGGGAGACAUCAUGGACUAUCUAAACGAACAAAUCAAAAUGACACAAAAUCUGAUGGGUAGGAGGAAGUGUGGGGGGGUAUGUGUUGAUGCUCACCUCCUCCAAAAUGUCCUCCACCAUAGCACCCUCACAAUAUGUCUGCCCUAAGGCAUAGCACUGGUCUUGUUCAGUGAUUUACUUAACUCUUUGUUUUAACUUUGUCGUGUCAGCUUCUAUGUGUUUUUGUUUGUUUGUUUGUUAUCCGUUUUAUGAUUUACUUGAGCUCUUUUGUGUCAUUUUUUUUCUCUCUGGAAGGAAAAUAGUUUACUUUUGUAUGAGUAUAUUUUUUACAGGUGAUUUUUGUUUUGUUUUGUUUUGUUUCUCUGUGUGUGGAAACGAGGCCACGGAAAGACUGAAGAUCAUGUCUGUCUCCCCUCCUCUGCUGCCCCUAACACGCCCCAAACCCCAAAAAUGGGCCGCUACAUUUCCAAUCAAUGUGACCACUUGGACAGAAGUCACACACAUCUCAUCGCUGAGGCUUUUGUCCCAGCAAGCCUUCACUCUGACUCAACUAAAAAAAACCUAUCCUUCCAAUCAUGAUUUCAAACUUUUUUCUUUUUUUAAACAAAGACCUUGUUUUAUAAGUGUUGUAUGUAUGUGGUGUAAAAGACAAAGUGAGGAGAAACCGAAAAUGAGCUCCUAACACAAGGAUGUGUGCAGCGAGGUCAUUGUGCUUGUGUACACUUACGAUGGCACUGUGCUCACGGCGGACAACUGCGCCAAACGCAGGCAGGUGGUAUAGACCAAGCGCCUUCCAUCUCAGUCUGACCUGAUUCGAAUUGUGAACUUUCUCCCAAUCAACUUCCCCCCCUUCUUUCUUCGGGGUAAAAAAAAAGCUUUUUGUUCAAAUCUCUUUUUCUUCCUUCCUUCCUGCCUUCCUUCCUCCUAUGCUCUUUCCUCUGUCCAGGUCACAAAAGCACUAGAAAUAUUUAUGCCCUCUCGUGGACCUCUCUCCUUCAGAGACUAAGUGAAUGACUGAUGACGGAUCUCUUAAUGACUAGUGCAAUUUGUGAGAUGUUCUAUGUAAUAUGCCGUAUAUAAACUUUCUAUAUUGAAUGUACAUUAAUAAGAAAAAAUAAAUCUGUCACACUUGUACAUAAAAUUUUAAAAAUAAAAGGGAACUCACAA